UUUGAUUUUACAGAUUAUAUUGUUUUGAUGAACGUGCACCUUUGAUAUUUUUUUUUACACUAGCCAUCCCGUGUUUGGAACAAGAAGCUAGUGGUCUAAUUCUGAAAUUGCUAUGGAUGUUAAAGAAUCUUUGAGUAACUUUUUGAUCUCCAGUAAUAUUUCAAACAGAGAACAGGGUGUAGUUGAUCAUCUCAGUAUGAUAUUUUCACAGUUUAAUAAAAGAACUUUAACUGCUGUGGUAAAGUACCAGUGCUCCUUUACACCACAAGUUCAAAAUCUAACUCAGAUUUGUAUUGAUUUUAUAUUGGAUAAUGACGCUUUGUUAUAUGAAGUUGAUGCUCAAGCAGUUUGUAUAUCUAAUAGUGAUGAUUUAGAUGAUGAUUGUCAAAUAAUGAAUUGGCCUGUACCUGGGGAUGACCAAACUCCAUCUCCGAUAUGUUCAGCUUCAGCAUCCACCAAGUUUGCAUCAGUGAAACCACCUCCACCUCUUGAUAAGUCAUUGUUAGAAUCGACCAGAGUUAGCCUUACACCUACAGCAGACUGCAAUGCUGCCUUGUCAAGUGCAGAAAAAACAUAUUCAGUAUUAGAAAACUGUACUGUUGAUAAACAUGAUAAUAGCAGUAAUAAUACUAAAACAUCUAGUGGCAUUACUGAAAUAGACAAACAAUUUUCACCAAGUAAAACACAAAAUGUAGUCACUGUGUAUGAAAGUAGUUUGGACGAGUUGCCUAAACUCAACAUGAAAUUUAGAAAAGGAGUUAACAGAAAUAGCGAUAGCAGUCAAAAUGAUUCAUCAGUGACAUCAACUUUCAUAACAGAUGAUACCUCAAUAUCUGGUACAUGUAACACUUAUAAGGCAACCCAGCCUUGCACUUCUGCAAGUUUAACCCCUGUGAUGAGUUCACCUGACAAAAUAAAGGAAACUCAGUGUUCCCAUGUUAAACAGCUGACUCCUACUCAGUGUAAUCAAGGACCAAUACCUAGCAGUAAACAAUCAACAUCAUUUACUGAUUUUAUUAACAAGGUUGUAAAAGAUGCUAAGGCAAUACCUGACAAAAUGAUGAACGUGCAGCAUAGAAACUCUUCUCUUGGUGGAAUAUUGGGACACAAUGAAACUCUUACUUCUUCCACAAAAACUUCUGUUUCUUCCAUAGUGACUGAUACACAUGAGCAAAAUAACAUUUGCAUAAAAAACAGACUGAACGAUUACAUUACAAAUAACCGUAAACAGCCAGUUGAGGGAUCUUUAUAUUCUGUUCCAAAUUCUCAAAGCUUACCAGAUGUUAUAACUGUAGAGAGACUUAAUACUAACUGUAGUAAGAACAGUGCACUGAAACCGGUUAUUACUAGUAUCAAAAAUACUUUGUUAGCACCAAGUAUUAGCCAAAAUAAUCUGUUAAAAUUAAGCAUUAAUGGGGUAGUGCCAGCUUCUAGUGUGUUAAAACCAAGUACCUGUAGCAGUACCAUAACUAGUAAUGUUCUAAAGGCUAAUAUUACAAAUAUAAAUAGUAUGAUAAAAGACAAUACAGAUAAUGAUAUUGGUUAUGCUAUCAAACCUGCUACUGCUGGAAGUGGUGUCACUGUGCCGAACAUAAUUAAUGCCGAGUCGUUAAUAACUCCACCCAUCAUUACUGUAAGGUCUACUCAUACUCUUACCAGCACUGUCACAACACCAAAAUCUAACAGCAGUGUAAUUAGUAACACCUUAACUACCCCUUCUAAUUCAUCAACCAUUAGAUCUACUGCCUCACCCAUUACAGAAGUUACACAUUCAACAAUCAACAUGUCGGCAAACAAUAAACAGGUUAAAGAAGUGCUCCAGUUAUUCGCAGAUGUUGAUCCAGAUUAUGUAGAUCGGCUGUUACUAUCACAUGCAGGACCUGCAGCAGUCAAUAAUGUGUGUGCUGCUUUACUAGAUAAUCCUGAUUACCCGAAAAAACAAGUAAUUAUAAUCACAGACUCGCCAACAACACACACACCUUUUAAACCUGAAUCAUCUACUAUAGAUUACUAUAAAGACUACCCUAAGGAAAUAAAUUAUAAUUACAUGGAGGAAGUAAAUAAACAACUUCAGAAUGACUUUCCGUUUGUUUCUGUAAGAGAUAUAAAUAACAUCAUGAAGUUUUAUAACAACUAUUAUGCUCCAUCCUAUAGAUCUAUAUUUAAUGCUGUACAGGCAGCAUAUGCAGAUUCAUUAAAAAAUGGUAAAAGAAUAGAAGAAUUAAACAUCUGUAUGGUAGAUAAUGCUGGUGUCCAGAGAUCUAUUAAAAGCAGACUGUUGAAGUGUAAGAGAGCAGCAAAAUCUGUAAGAAUGACAAAACAAUUACAAAUGGAGAUGGAUUUUAUUGCCAACAUGAAUAAAAAGGAGAAGUUGAAUGCAGAUGCCCAGCUGGCAAUGAAGUUAAAUGAAGAUCAGUAUGAAGAAGCUGGUGAAAGCAUUGAAUGUUUAUGUUGUUAUGGAGAACAUCCAUUUGAAAACAUGGUUCAGUGCUUUGAUGGUCAUCUUUUUUGUAAAACUUGUCUUCAGAGUUAUGUGAAAGAGGCUGUCUUUGGCUCAGGAAAGCUGGAUUUGUCAUGUAUGACAGAUAGAUGUGACUCAUCUUUUCCUGAAAGCCAAUUAGAGUUGUGUUUGGCUCAGGAUGUUCUAGAAAAGUAUCAAGACCGAGUUAGAGAAGAAAAUCUCAAUUUGGCUGAUAUAGAAGAUUUAGUAAGGUGUCCUGGUUGUGAUUUUGCUGCUAUUUUAGAUCCUGGUGAUAAAGUUUUUAGAUGCCAAAAUAUUCAUUGUUUAAAGGAAACGUGUAGAUUCUGUAAAGAAGAAUGGAAAGAUCAUAUGGGUAUACCUUGUAGUGAACUAGAAAAGAAAGAUGAAAUGACUUUAAGAAAAGAAUAUGAAGAGAAAAUGACUGCAGCUAAAGUACGAACAUGUGUAAGAUGUAAAUCACAGUUUAUGAAAGAUGAAGGAUGUAAUAAGAUGACAUGUAGAUGUGGUGCUUCUAUGUGUUAUAUAUGCAGAAAACCUAAUAUAAGUUAUAGUCAUUUUUGUCAACAUCCACGAGAUCCAGGACACAACUGUAGCAAGUGUACCGCCUGCUCUUUAUGGUCAAAUCCAGAAGAAGAUGAUAAAAGAGCUGUGUUAGAAAUACAACAUGAAGCUCAGUUAAAACGAAAAGAAAAAGGUUUUCUAGAAGACAAAGUCGUUGGAGCUCCUGAUGAACCACCAUCUAAAAGAGCAAGAACAUCAUAGAAGUGUAUUCACAUAAAGAUAUAAUACACAAUUUUGUUGACAUGAUUCUUGGAGAAUCCAUAUGUGCUUUACUUUAAUACAGUGGUCUAUUAUGAUUUAACUGUUCGAAUUACUCCAUUACAAAUGCAAUAUUGUGCUAUAUUUUUUUAAUUGAAGAUAUUUGUCUUACCUUUACCAAAAAGGAAAUCGUAGAAGUGUAUACACAUACAUGUAUAAUAAACAAUUUUGUUGACAUGAUUCUUGGAGAAUCCAUAUGUGCCUUACUGUAAUACAGUGGUCUAUUAUGAUUUAACUGUUCGAAUUACUCCAUUACAAAUACAAUAUUUUUGUAUUUUUUUUUUAAUUGAAGAUAUUUGUCUUACCUUUACCAAAAAGGAUUAGGCUUUCUACAACAUAUUUCAAGAGAUAGCAGAACAUCAACAAAAUAUAAUAACUAUUAUAUUAACUGUUAAACAAUGUGAAUACAUAGCCAGUGCCAAAGAAGUGUUUUAUUAGUUAAUUAAUCCAAGGUGAAAGAUGUUGAUGUUUUAAGUUGUAAUAUUUUAAGGUUUUUUUAAUAUAUAAUUUAAUGGUUUGAUGCAAAUUGUAUGCUUUAGUGCUAGAAUACUAUUUCUGCUAUUAAAAAACAAGUAGACUUGGACAACCUGUUCAAGUACAUUAUUGUUAUGUGAUUAAUGUAUUGUUUAAUGGUCGAGAGCGAGACAUUAAGAGAUAUAUUGUAACAACAAGAGGGCCAAUGGCCCUCUUAAGCUCGAGACCAUUAAACGACUUAAAAUACAGACACUCCACACGUGCUUUUACCGUGAAAUAUGUCGCGCGAGUCCAAUAUUUCACUAGUAUAAAUAAUAUACGAUUUGCAAGUUGCCUGUACGAUUAUUUGAAAUAAUUGUACGGCAACAUCAAAAGGUGACAUCAUAUCUGUAUUUUAAGAAUUAUGUGAUGUGUACAUUAAUAUUGUUUUUCUGAAUUGGGUCUAAUCAGCAAAUAAAUCUUAAAUUUAAGUUAAUCAACAUUGAUAUUAUUUUUUAUUUAGAGAUGAUACUGUACUGUAGAUUAUUACUUUGUAACUGUCCAAAGAUAAAAAGAGAACAAUAAACCAAAAAUAUAUAUUUCAAACUAGUCAAGAAUAUAGAAUUAAUCAACAUUGGUAUUAUUUUUGAUUUAGAGACAGUACUCUACUGUAGAUUAUUGCUUUGUGACUGUCCAAAGAUAAAAAGAAUAAAAACCAUAUAUAUAUAUUUAUAUAUAUUUCAAAAUUAUUUUUGAUUUAAAAGUUAUGUACAUGUAAAUAAAUUUUUUUGACCAUUUUCUUAUCAGAAAGGAUUCAUUAGCAAACAUUUGACUUUCAAGAUAACCAAAACAUUUAAUCAUUUAGCAUUGUAUAUUUUUAUACGCCCAUAUUUUCAUGUGGACGUAUAUUGUCGUCGCCCCUGUCCGUCUGUCCACAAUUUGUUUGUGGACACUCUACAGGUCAGAAUUUUUAUUCGAUUUUGAUGAAAAUUGAAAUAUAGAUCUAUCUCACAAAGAUCUCGGUUCCUUUCGAUAUUGGCUUGUAUCGGCCCAUUACUUCAAGGAUUAUGGCCCCUGAUUGUACGAAAAAUCACGCUUUUAGCUUGUGAACACUCUAGAGGUCACAAUUUUUAUCCGAUUUAAAAAAAACGUUUGAAUAUAUCACCGUUACACCUUAAUGAUGGCUGACUUUGAAUUUUGUGAAAAUCGGACCAAAACUGCCGGACAAACUGCUCGCCCCUUGUACGCAAAUAGUGUAAAUAUAUGGUAUAUCAAGGUUUUGGAUCCUCUAGAAGUCACAAUGUUGAUCCGAUUUUGAUGAAACUUGAAAUAAUCUUUAUAACCCGACGAUCUUGGUUCCUGUCAAUAUUCGCGCAUAUCGGAUCGUAACUCCCUGAACUAUGGCCCUUGAUUGUACGAAACAUCGCUUUUUAUACGCCCACAUUGAAAUGUGGCCAUAUAUUGUCGUUGGUUCAUCGGUCCGGCGUCCACAAUCUUAAGUUAAUAUCCGAUUGACUUUAAAUUUAAACACAGUGUUUAAGGUCAUGAGUUGAAGAAGCCUAUUGUUUUUCAGUGAUUUCCGAUAAUUACUGCCAUUGUUAUGGCCCUUGAUCACUUUAAAAAAUCUUGUGGAUGCUCUAGGGGCCAAAGUUAAAAUCUGAUUGACUUUAAAUUUAUACACAGCAUUUAAGGUCAUGGGGGGGGGGGGGGGGAGAAUCCUAUUGAUUUUUAGCAAUUUCUGAUAAUUAUUGCCAGAGUUAUGUCCCUUGAUCACUUUGAAAAAUCUUGCGGAUGCUCCAGAGGCUAAAGUUAAUAUCUGAAUGACUUUAAAGUUAUACACAGUGUUUGAGGUCAUAAGACGAAGAAUCCUAUUGAUUUUCAGCGAUUUCUGAUAAUUACUACCAGAGUUAUGGCCCUUGAUCACUUCAAAAAAUCUUGUGGACGUUCUAGAGGCCAAAGUUAAUAUCCGAUUGACGUUAAAUACACAGGGUUUAAGGUCAUGAGAUGAGGAAGCCUGUUGAUUUUCAGCGAUUUCCGAUAAUUACUGCCAGAGUUAUAGCCCUUGAUCACUUCAAAAUAUCUUGUGGACUUUCUAGAUGCCAAAGUUAACAUCUGAUUGACUUUAAAUUAUUACUCAGUGUUGAAGGUCAUGAGACGAAGAAGCUUAUUGAUUUUCAGCAAUUUCCGAUAAUUACUGCCAAAGUGUUUAAGGUCAUGAGACGAAGAAGACUAUUGAUUUUCAAUGAUUUCCGAUAAUUACUGCCAGAGUUAUGGCCCUUGAUCACUUCAAAAUAUCUUGUGGAUGCUCUAGAGGCUAAAGAUGAUAUCCGAUUGACUUUAAAUUUAUAUACAGUGUUUAAGGUCAUGAGUCGAAGAAGCCUAUUGAUUUUCAGCGAUUUCGGAUAAUUAAUGCCAGAAAUAUGGCCCUUGAUCACUUCAAAAAAUCUUGUGGACGCUCUAGAGGCUAAAGCUAAUAUCCGAUAAACUUUAAAUUUUUACCCAGUGUUUGAGGUCAUGGGACGAAAAAUCCUAUUGAUUUUCAACGAUUUCCAAUAAUUACGGCCAAAGUUAUGGCCCUUGAUCACUUUGAAAAAUCUUGUGACACUUUAGAGGCUAAAGUUAUCAACCGAUUGACUUCAGAUUGAUACACAGAGUUUAAGGUCUUGAGACGAACAGGUAUAUUUAAUUUCAACGAAUUUUGAUAACUGAACAGCUGCAUCCAUGUAUUAAAUGUUUCAUAUACUAAAGGUUAGCAUGAGGCAGAACUUUAUAAAAACCAAACAAAUUACUAAUGAUUUUCUGAUAAUUAUUUAAUGAGUUGUUACUCUUAAUCAGAUUUUAGUGUAUUAUAAAUGUUUCAUUACCGAAAAAAGUAAAAAUAUGCGACAACUCUUGUUGACUGCCCGGACGAUUUAACUGGGUGUAUGUUUUGUUGCCUGGCAACCUAUCUUUGUUUAGCUUGUCCAUCCAUCUCUUGCAAAUUGUGGGCGUGUCUUGCCUGGCAGCCGCUGGUUGAAAAUACAUUGCAGUUUUGAUUCUCAAUGUUAAUUUUGGGUAAUGCUAUGUCCAUCCUGCAUUUAUUUGUGAUCUAGUUCAUUAUUUCUGAACAAAUGGUCAUGAGUGUCUUUGAAUAGAAGUUUAAAUAAAUAAAUGGUUGUGGGUGAUUUUGAGCUGGUUCAAAUAACUAAAACCAGUCAAUAAAAAUGUCAUAGAAAUUAUCUCCUCUGACACACUAAAUGUAGGGAAAAUAAUCUGUGAAAAUAUGUAAUCUGUUUCAAUUUAUUAAACUAGUUAUUUACACAUUUGUAAGAGUUCUUAAUUCAGAUAAUGAAUGUGAAUAAACAGAGGAAUAUC